GCUGCACCACUUCCGUGAGCAGCUCCGCUCCCGCUCUCGGCAUCACCAUGGCGCAAUGCCGCCUCACCGACUUCUUUGCGAGUCGCCGUCCCGGACCUCGCGCAGCAUCGUCGCGGGCCAAGCCGACCUGGAGCACACCGAGCCCUGCCAAGCCCUCGCCCCGCACCUCGGCCACCACCACGGGCGGCAGCCGCAAGCGCGCCCGCCCGCCAGCAGAGCCGGUGCGCGAUGAGCCCUCGCCGGCUGCACGCAGGAGGCUGAGGCUGCCCGCCGACGCGGUCUCUAGCCCUGGCUCCCCGACUGCCCUUGGCUCCCCAGAGCACUCCUCUCCGAGGAAGAAGACAAAGAAGGCUGUUCAGCUGCCCAGAGUGGCACCCCAGGAGGACAAGGUGCCCUCGAAAGUCACCUUCUCUGAGCUCAACUCAUGCCUGAAGCGGGCCCGGGAGCUGGGGGCACGGGUCCAGGAGCUGAGGGCAAAUGCCCAAAGGAAUGAAGCCAGGGACCCAAAUGUGCCGGAGGCCGAGGGGCACCCAGCAGAGCCAUGUGGAGAGAAGGCGCCCGCCUACCAGCGCUUCCAUGCCCUGGCCCAGCCAGGGCUCCCUGGCCUCGUGCUGCCCUACAAGUACCAGGUGUUGGCUGAGAUGUUCCGUAGCAUGGACACCAUCGUGGGCAUGCUCUACAACCGCUCUGAGACUGUGACCUUUGCCAAGGUCAAGCGGGGCGUCCAGGACAUGAUUCGCAAGCGUUUUGAGGAGCGCAACGUGGGCCAGAUCAAAACCGUGUAUCCCGCUUCCUACCGCUUCCGCCAGGAGCGCAACAUCCCGACCUUCAAGGAUGGCAUUAAGAGGUCCGAUUAUCAGCUCACCAUUGAGCCACUGUUCGACCAGGAGGCUGGCAACAUGGCUCCCCAGCUCACAGCCUCACGACUACUGCAGCGACGGCAGGUGUUUAGCCAAAAUCUGGUGGAGUGCGUCCGAGAGCACCACAGGGCCUUCCUGGCCUCCCUAAACCCCCCCAUGGUGGUGCCUGAGGACCAGCUGACGCGCUGGCACCCACGCUUCAAUGUGGAUGAAGUGCCUGACAUCAAGCCUGCUGAGCUGCCCCAGCCACCCACUACGGAGAAGGUGGCUACUGCCCAGGAGGUGCUGACCCGUGCCCACAGCCUGAUGUCGCCCAGGAUGAAAAAGGCCCUGAGUGACCUGGCCCUGCGCACAGCCGAGCCCAGCAGCCCUGGGUACCCUAGCCCUGCACUGCCAGCCACCCCCCCAGCUACUCCACCUGCCCCUCUGAAGGGGGUGUCCCAGGACUUGCUGGAGCGGAUCCGGGCCAAGGAGGCACAGAAGCAGCUGGCCCAGAUGACACGGCGCCCAGAGCAGGAGCAGCGGCUGGAGCGGCUGGAGCGGCUGCCUGAGCUGGCCCGGGUGCUGCGUAGCAUCUUUGUGUCCGAGCGGAAGCCGGCGCUCACCCUGGAUGUGGCCUGUGCCAAGAUGGUGGAUAGUUACCACAUGGCCAUGAGCCCAGGGGAGAUGGAGAAGCACAUACAGCUCCUCUCUGAGCUGCUGCCUGACUGGCUCAGUCUCCACCGCAUCCGCACUGACACCUAUGUCAAGCUGGACAAGGCUGCUGACCUGGCGGGUGUCACCGCGCAGCUGGUCCGCCUUGCACAUGCUGAGGCACUGUGAGCCUGACAGCUGCACAGCAACACACAAACGUGGGCGGAGGCCCUGGCCUGGCUCGCCGUGCCUGUUUUAUCCCCUUUACAAACAUGAUGCACUUUUGCUGUCCCUUCUGAGUACUCAUGAGUGUCAGAAGCUGGGCUGGGCUCUGGCUGCAGGGCUUGGAGGUCUCUGGCCAGUGUGGGUGGUGAACCCACCUUGUACAGCAUAUUGUUAUUAAACUGGUUUC